AUGGGCUUCGCGUGGUCCCAGGCUACCACAGCCAAUUUCUCGAGCUGUCGCUGUUUCCCGGGCGACUCUUGCUGGCCUGCACCCUCAGUAUGGAACGACUUCAAUGCUACUGUUGGAGGAAAGCUCAUCGCGACGGUCCCUCUAGCUACUCCGUGCCAUAGCAUGACGUUCAACCAAGCCGAAUGUGAUGCGAUCCGAGCAAAAUGGACGGUCCCUACGACUCACACAGAGACAUCCUCUUCCAUCAUGGCGCCAUGGUUUGCAAACCAAAGCUGUGAAGCUUUCCUUCCGCCGACAUCUCAGUGCGUCAUCGGCGCCUACGUGCAGUACGCCGUUGAUGCACAUGAGGCUUCCAACUACCAGGCCACGAUCAAUUUUGCGAAGAAGCACAACAUCCGCCUGGUAAUCAGAAACACGGGACACGACUGGCUCGGGAAGUCGACUGGGGCCGGUGCAAUCGCCAUCUGGACGCAUCAUAUGAAGGAUACCGAGGUGCUGGACUAUGAGUCGGACGGUUACAGUGGGAAAGCACUGAAGGUCGGGGCAGGCGUCCAGUUCAUGGAUGCGUUCAAAGCAGCUCACGACGCGGGUCUAGUCACAGUUGGCGGAACUUGUCCGACCGUCGGGAUGGCGGGAGGAUACACCCAGGGUGGUGGCCAUGGAUUGUCGGUAUCGAAGUUUGGUCUUGGGGCAGACCAAGCUCUAGAAUGGGAAGUCGUCACGGCAGAUGGUGAGAUUCUGACAGCCUCUCCGGAUGAGAACGCGGAUCUCUACUGGGCACUUUCCGGGGGCGGUGGAGGAACAUAUGCUGCAGUACUGUCGCUCACGGUUAAGGCGCAUCCGGAUGGCCUGACAGCUGGGGCAAACCUUACUUUCUCUGCCGCGGGCAUAUCUCAAGAUAAGUUCUUCGACGGCAUCGAAGCGUACAUUUCCGGGCUUCCCAAGGUUCUCGAUGCCGGUGCGACGAGCACAUGGUUAAACAACAACGACACAUUCAUAUUGAGCCCAGCUGUGGGAGUCGGCAUGAGCAAGAAGAAAUUGGACGCGCUGCAUCAACCUGUCCUUGACAAGUUGAAGAAGCUAGGAAUCAACUACACCUACUACUCUGCUGAUUUCCCUUCCUUCCUCGCUAUGUACAAGGCCAUGAACCCCGAGACUGCUACGGCAACGUUCCAAAUCGGAAGUCGACUUAUUCCUCGUACUGUGAUUACAACCAAGACGCAUGCUUUUAGGAAGGCUCUGCAGAAUAUCGCGGGGUACGGGACAUGGAUCUCAGGAGUCUCCUUCAACGUGUCCAAGACUCCGCACGUGCCUAAUGCCGCUUUCCAUGCCUGGCGUGAAUCUCUUGUCAGCCUUGUUGUUGGAACCUUCUACGAUUACCAAUCCCGAGAAAAAAAUAUCGUCAACCAGAAGCUUAUGACAAAUACCAUCGUGCCGCACCUCUCCUCCUUGAUUCCUGGAGGUGGAUACGCUUAUCUGAACGAGGGCGAUCCUUGGGAGCCAAAGUGGCAGCAGGUAUUCUACGGCGAGAACUACGGCCGUCUUUCGUUUAUUAAGAGGAAGUACGACCCCGAUGACCUUUUCUACACAUGGACGGGUGUCGGGAGUGAACGCUGGAAGCAGGCGGCCGACCUCAGGUUGUGCAAAGCACACUAG